CAGAGAGUUAAUAUAUUGUUUGCAAACAUGUAAUUUUUUAUAUUGCUGUUACCGUUAAAAUAAAUUAAAUUUCAGCAGUGAUGCUUCCAAAUGUCCUAAUUAAAUGACUGAUCAGUUAAAUAUUUAUUUAUUGUUAUUGUAAUUUAUUGUGACGUUUAUAUUAGAAUUAUGGAAUUAAAAACUCCUACCAAGAAAGGGAUCAAAACCCCCCGCUACCGACCACCGUUACCAAUGCUAAAUGAGUCCUGUUCAGGAUAUUGUGUAGAUGAAUAUGAUUGGCCUCAGUUUAGUGGUUAUUAUAAUGGUACUUCGGUCAUUGUUGAUGAUUCCCAGGCCAUUACUUUGUUGACAAACAAGGGAUUUUUUGGAAAAGGUUCACUUUCUAAAGGAUGUCCAAACGUUGCUAAGAGAAAAAUCCCUAUCAGUGUGGUUUAUGAAAGCCAAUGGAAAAGAAGGAAAAUGUGGAUGCAAAGUUUAAAUAAUCUGUUAGAAACCAGGAAAAAAUCUAAUGAAACUUUAGAAGGCAAUGUGGUUGACAUUGAUAAUAAAAAAAGUAAUGAUGGAGAAAAUAUGGAAGUAGAAAGUAAAGUAAGUGACCCUGUACAAAAUAAUGCAUGUGAGACUGAACAAAAGUCAUCUAAGGCGAGUGAGGAUGAAGUUAAUGAAAACAUUCAAAAUAAAUCGGAUGAAACAUCCAAAGAUAAUAUGGUUGAUAUUGAAAACAAGAAAAGUAAUGAAGCAGAAAAAAAUGAAAUUGGUAUUGAGAAAAGUAGUUCCUUGCUACAUAAUUCAUGUGAAACUGAAGAAGGGACAUCUAAGACAAGUGGCAAUGAAGGCAAUGGAAACAUUCAAAAUAAGUCAAAUGAAACUUCCCAAGACAAUAUGGUUGAUAUUUAUAAUAAGAAAAGUAAUGAUGAGGAAAAAAUGGAGGUUGAUAAUGAGAACAAAAACAUUCUGCAAAAUAAUUCAUGUAAAAUUGAAGAAGAGUCUUCCAAUGGAAAUGAGAAUGAAGAUAUUGGAGACAGUAAAAAAAAAUCUGUCGAAACUUCCAAAGACAAUAUUGUAGACACUAAUGGUAAGAAAAGUGAUGAUAGAGAAAUAAUAGAGAUUGAUAAUGAGGAAAACAAUUUUUGGAAAAUUGAUGAAGAGCCAAAUAAGACUAGUGAGAAUGAAGAUAAUGGAAACAGUAAAAGUAAGUCGGUUGAAACUUCUAAAGACAAUAUGGUAGACAUUAAUGAUAAGAAAAGAGAUGAUAAAGAAAUAAUAAAUGUUGAUAAUAAUUUAUGGAAAAUAGAUGAAGAGCCAUGUAAGACUAAUGAGAAUGAACAUAAUGGAAACAGCAAAGCUUCACCUGAUAUGGAACAUAUUAUCGAAAAACCUAUAGAGAAGAAAGAAAUAAGUGAUAGGGACAAAAAUGAGAAAACUAAUGAUAGUUGCGGAGUGAUCAAAGAUUCAACUUCCAGUAAAGUUGGUGAUGAUCAAUCCAAAUGUGUCAAAAAAAUCAAUCGUUUUAAUUAUACAGAAAAGAGUACUCUGAAUAUUAACGAAGUCUUGGUAAUUCCAGAUAUUGAUGGCGAUUUAGAACAGUAUUUUCGUAAUUUAAAACCGCAUAUAGAGGAGGAAAAUGUUAAAACUGCUAUUGAGGUUUUGUACUUGUCUUUGGAAGAAGCUUUCUUUUUAAGAUAUGCCUGUAACUGCCUUCAGGUUUAUGAUCUCACAUCUCAUGUUUUACCAGUUAGAGAUAUGUGGUGUCUUUUUCAGGAAUCGCAAUCUGAUUUUAUUGAAAAAUAUGUCGCUUACCAUUAUUUUAGGGCCAAAGGAUGGGUCGUUAAAUCAGGAACUAAAUUUGGAGGUGACUUCUUGUUAUAUAAAAAGGGACCGUUAUACUUUCAUGCCUCAUAUAUCGUCAUUGUAGAAGUCCUCAAAAAUGAUGAAAAUUCAAGAAAUAAAACAAUGUGGCAAAAAAUUAUCGGAAUGAACAGGAUGGCUGAAUCAGCAAACAAGGAGAUUUUAAUAUGCCAUAUUCUUUGGCCAGAUGUGGAAGAAGAAAAAUUCAAUGACCCUUCAAUCCUGAAAGAAUUUGGAGUAUCCGAAACACUUCUGAGAAGAUGGCAAGCAACACAGGAAAAGAAUCCAUAAAAAAGACAGUAGUAAAAUACAAAAAUUAUGUUCCUAAUUUUAUAUUUUUAUUAAAAAAAUAUACCGUUCAUUUUUUAUUUUUACGAAGAUUUUAAUUAUAAUAUAUGACCAUAUUUUAAUUUAAUACUAUAACCAGUAAAUAAAGUAUGGCUUGCAUCACUAGUUUCUUAAAUCAAAAGUAAACUAUCCUUGGAAAAAGAUGUGGGCAUCAAUGUUUUGGAAACCAAGAGAAGAGCUGGAGAGUGGACUCUAAAAAUUAAGCUGUUGCAACAAUGAAAGUGCUAGAAGCGAUGCUUCAAAGAAUGUUGGAAUGUUCUUUAGAAGAGAGAUAUAAAGGGAAUGCAGCAGAGAUGAAUAAAUUUGUAAUUAAAAAAGAGGAUGGGUAGGGAAGUAUUGGGACCCAAAAAGGAUGGUGGAAAAAAAUCAUGGUUGACCUAUGGUCUCGAAUAAAUAAAAGGAAGAAAGAAGCAUACCUGUGCUCUGUAGCAAUUAUAGUGCUAAAUAAGGAGAGUAAUACACUGGGUGUGUAAAAAAACAAAAGGCAAAAUAGUGUUUAACUAGGACCUGUUUAAAAUAUGCAUUAGGUUAGAGUGUGGUCUAUCAAUAGUCAUUUGAACUUCCGAAGAUCAGAUGCUGGCUGCAUAGACUGCAUUGAAGAGUAAAGCCUAUUCCACACUAGUACUCUGAGAUAUAUCUCAGGUUGUCUAUAUAACAAUCCCGGUACUUCUUGUCUAGGGGGCCGGACUGAAACCUCACUUCUUAUCUAUCUUAUCUCACAUCACAUCACAUAACCUCCCUCUUCUUAUCCCCCCAAACCUUUGAGUUAUUGCAUUGUUUAGUUUUCAGUUAUUCCCUUAUUACGUUCACUUAUUAAAUUCUUUACUUUUGGCCCGUUUGUGUUUAUUUUUCAUUAUUUUUAAUUUUUGGUCCGUUUGUGUUUAUUUUACAUUUUUUUUUAGUUUUUAGCCCCUUUGUGUUUAUUUUUCAUUUUUUUCCGUUUAUUUUUGUCAUAUUAUGGAUCUUCUUAGAAUAUGGGAUUUGCCGCCUUCAGAAGAUCAGGCAAUUCAAUAUUUUCAAAAUGUUGGGGUACUUGCCGACGUGAAAUUGUGUGAACGAGGUCAUCGAAUGAAGUUAACCAGGAAGGCCAAGUGGAGAUGCUUUCAUAGGACUUAUGACACAAAACUUUCAAUAAGGAAAGGAACAUGGUUGGAGGGCUCAAGGAUUUCGUUUUUAACAGCUUUAACAUUGAUUUAUGGGUGGUCCCAUAGCUUGACAACGAUGAAGUGGGGCAAAGAGCAGCUGAAACUAUCCUACGGAGCAAUGGUAACGUGGAACAAAUGUCUAACAGAGGUUUGUGCCCAUGACGUGUUAUACAGGCCAAGAAAAAAAAUUGGAGGACCUGGCAAAGUGGUUGAAGUAGACGAAAGUCUUUUUUCUAAACGAAACAAUCAUGUGGGGAGAGUUUUACCUCAGCAGUGGAUGUUUGGUGGAGUUUGCCGAGAAAUAGAUGAAUGUUUUAUCUUUUUAUAAAACAGAUUUUAUGUUUUAUAUUUUUUCUUUUCUAUGUAAAUAUGUUCUUUUAAAUGUUUUUUUUUUCAUUUUGAUGUAUUAUAUGUACAUAUCUUCUCAAAGUGUUUUUUAUUAUUUCAUUAAUAUAUUUGCCGUCAAAUAAAAGUAUUUUUGACGUUAUUACAUUUGUUUUUGUAUCUGUUUACACUUUCAAUAAUACGAAGAUAUGAAGUAGUAGAAGGCUUAUCACUGCAUUAUGGGAGUUAUCAGUGUUCAGGUUAUAAACAUUGGCAGAUAGCAGUCAGUAGCGGUCCCCUAGACAAGAAGUACCCCAAUCCCCAUCUACGGGCAUGUUGUGAUACCAAAAAUUGCAGGUCUUAAGUCUCCCAAUAUUAUACCGCAUGCAAUAUUAGAAAUGUUGCAUAACAUUUUGACAGUAUGAACCUCACUCGGUGCUUAGAGGUGAAGCAUAUCUCAGUCUGUUUCUAGCAGUGGGCGGGGUAGCUGAAUGGGCUAACGCGUGUGCACAGCACCGCCGUUGCCCGGCAACCUGACAUAUGAAUCAAAUGAUUAAAAAUAGUCACGAGUUCGUGUUCCGAUGCCGAGGGAGUCUUUAAAUCCCCGCCCACAUCCCCUGGCCCAGGAAACCCCCAUAUGGCCUUAACAGCGAGGACCCAAAAAAAGAAAAAAUGUCUGUUUCCAGCUAUUGAGUGGUGUGAUUUUCCUGUUUAUCCCUCCAACCAUCAAAAGCAAAUCUUCAAAUCUUUUACUUGUAAUUAGAACUAAGCAAGAAUUCAUUCCACACAAUCUACAAUGAGAAUAUAGAAGCUAUUUAUAUGGACAAAUCUAAAGUCUUGUUUAACAAACCAAUAUAUAUUGAUAUCAGCAUUUCAGAUUUAGCUAAAAUUGUUAUGUAUGAAUUUCAUCAUGAUAUAAUAUUGAAAAAAUAUUCUAUUAAAACCUUAAAGAUGAUGUGCACCAAUAUCAAUUCUAUUAUUUAUAGAUUUUUAACAGACGAUGUCUUUGAAGAUUGAAAAAAAUGAAUCAAUACUUUGAUUUCUCAGAUUAUCCUAAAACUCGCCUCUGUUUCUCAUAUGAAAAUAAUAAAAAAACUAGGGAAUUUUAAAGAAGAAUGAAAUUCCAGGAUCAUUUUAAAAUAUGUUGGGUUAAGAACAAAAGUUAUGUGGUUAUGAUGGUGCAUUCUUUAAUGUGAAUAAAACAAUGUUCAAAAGUUUACAAUUUUUGAACAAUUUAAACAGUAUGAAGGCUAGAAUAUUUGGUGGAGAAUGGCCAUAUUGCUGCAAGGACCCGCAUAUAUUUUUUUCUAAUGUUCUCCAUGGCGGUCUGCGAAGAUGAGACUGAGAAAUUCACAUAGUAAUGUGGACGCUAGACGAGACAAAGAAUAGUGUCUAGACAAAUUGCACAACAUGGUCUACUAGUGUGUGCUAGGCUUAAAAGAGAUCAGAAUAGGGCAGAUUAAGGCCCAUUAUUUAAAUCUGAAUCUUGUGAAUGAAAAAAUUAAAUCAUAGAUCUGAUAAAUAGAAAAAAAGAACUAUUAAAAGAAAACGAUAGAUGGCAAUUGAAAUGACGUAUUUGACAAUAGUUAAUAAAUGAACUCAUAAUAGAAAAACUGAAUAAAGUACCAAAUCCAGGAUUUUUGGAUGUUUAUUAUAAUAUAUUACAAAUAAUUUAUACCACAUAAAUCACACUUGAAAUUUCUCUGUGGUUAAUUUAUGUUAUAUUCUUAAUUAAAAAAGACAAAUUUAAGCCAUUGUUAGAUAUUAAGGAGUAUGGAAAAAACAACAAAAUAAAUCUAACAAAUGUUUACAAUAUAUUUUUUCAACACUAGUACUAUUAUGUACAUAUUUAAGAAUAAAAAGCAACAAAAAGUUCUUAUUUCAGUCUCAAUAAAAAUUAUAUCUUCAUUAAUUUAUCUCUCUUCUUUAUUCCUGUCCUUCUGUACUCCGAUCUUUCCUCUAGAUACUCUUCAGUACAUUUGUUCACAAAUUCAGGGUUUCUAUACCAGUGGGUAAGACAUUCUUUCAUUUUAUUGUUUUCUUUUCGACAUUUCAUGACUAGUAAAACUCCACUUUCUUUGCAGCAUUUUUGAAAGUCUA